CACACGGCUGUAUUGCCAUUUGCUGUCCUGGAAAUGCUUGCUACGCCACACCGUUACCCAGCAAAAAAGAACGGAUUGAUCCUAUUAGGAUUUGUCGCUCUUCUGUAUAUCAGUUGGGUCCUGUGGAUUUAUUCUGUAACAGGAGAGUGGGUAUAUCCUCUCUUUGCUUUGUUCAGCCCAGCUGGGCUAGCAGCCUUUUUCGCCGGUUGCUUUGCCAUCAUCGCCUCUUUCUACAGCUUUGGGGAGUUCCUCAACCGUAUGAUAUGGGGAGAUUCAAUAGUAAUACUGGACUACAGGCGGAAAGGCAAGUGA